AUGAGUGGGUAUAAUUUACUGUUUGGAGUAAAAUCAGGGGUCAAUGGUUCAGUAAAACCGUUUAGAACUAAAAGAGCAAUAAAUUUUGGAGAUUUGCCCUUAAAAGAACGAAAAAUCGCCAUUGAUAAAAAAUCUAAUAAAAAAAUUGAUCAAAUAUCUGAUAUCAGUGAAGAGUAUAAUUCAAAUGAUAAACCUAGUACGUCGGAAAACAAUGCAGGCAUAUGUAAGAUUAGUGAAGUUGAGAAAAGUUUAUCAAUUUUGUUGUCUCAAGGUAUUGCCAGCGGUGAUAAACAAAAGCUGGAUAAAGUUUUGUCGAUAACGGAUGUCGUUGCAAUUUCGGCAACAAUAAAUGAUUUAUCUAUUAGCCAAAUAAUACCAUUACUUAAGGAAAUCGAUACGCGCUUCAGAAAUUGUAGUGUUCAAGAUAUCCGUCCUUGGAUUUGUUGGGCUCAUUAUGCUAUUAACAUUCAUAUGCAUUAUCUUUCUACGAUUGGGUCAUUGGAUGAUGAUUUGGAUUCCUUGUUUUCUUGGAUAAAAGGUCGCACUUCUUGUCUGGGCAAAUUAUAUGAACUAAAAGGCAAAUUUAAUAUAGUUGUGGAGCAAAUUGAAAGACGAUUGAAUCCUCAAGUUUUCUUGCGUCAGGAACCUCUCGUUUCAUUCAGUGCUGACUCUGAAUCUUCGUCGGAUGAAUUUGACGACCUGGAUGAAACCGAAGGAACUGAAAAUUUUGCAAGUGAUGAUGAAUGGUGGGAAGAUUAUGACGUUGCUUCAAAAGAUGGUUAUGGUUUUGUCUCAGGAGGAGAUUCCAGUGAUAUGGAUGAUGCUGAAUGA